UCCCGCACCGGCCCGACGCCCCCGAGCUGCCCGACUUCUCCAUGCUCAAGAGGCUGGCCCGGGACCAGCUCAUCUACAUUCUGGAGCAGCUUCCUGGAAAAAAGGACUUGUUCAUCGAGGCAGAUCUCAUGAGCCCUCUGGAUCGAAUUGCCAACGUCUCUAUCCUGAAGCAACACGAAGUGGACAAGCUGUACAAGGUGGAGAACAAGCCGGCCCUCAGCUCCAGCGAGCAACUGUGCUUCUUGGUCAGGCCGCGCAUCCGGAACAUGCGGUUCAUCGCCGGUCUUGUCAAUGCCGACAAGUUGGCCGGCCGGGCUCGGAAGUACAAAGUGAUCUUCAGCCCGCAGAAGUUUUACGCCUGUGAGAUGGUGCUGGAGGAGGAGGGUGUCUAUGGAGACGUGAGCUGUGACGAGUGGGCCUUCUCCCUGCUGCCUCUGGAUGUGGACCUGCUCAGUAUGGAGCUCCCGGAAUUUUUCAGGGACUACUUCCUGGAGGGGGACCAGCGCUGGAUCAACACGGUGGCCCAGGCCCUGCACCUCCUCAGCACGCUCUAUGGGCCCUUCUCCAACUGCUACGGAAUCGGCAGGUGUGCCAAGAUGGCCCGUGACUUGUGGAGGAGACUGGAAGAGGAGGAGGAUGGUGAGACCAAGGGCCGCAGGCCAGAGAUUGGGCACGUGUUUCUCCUGGACAGAGACAUGGACUUUGUGACGGCGCUUUGCUCCCAGGUGGUCUACGAGGGCCUGGUGGAUGACACCUUCCGCAUCAAGUGUGGGAGUGUGGACUUCGGCCCGGAGGUCACCUCCUCUGACAAGAGCCUGAAGGUGCUGCUCAAUGCUGAGGACAAGGUGUUCAGUGAGAUUCGGAACGAGCACUUCUCCAACGUCUUCAGCUUCUUGAGCCAGAAGGCCCGGAACCUGCAGGCGCAGUAUGACCGCCGCAGGGGCAUGGACAUCAAGCAGAUGAAGAACUUCGUGUCCCAGGAGCUCAAGGGCCUGAAGCAGGAGCACCGCCUGCUGAGUCUCCAUAUCGGGGCCUGUGAGUCCAUCAUGAAGAGGAAAACCAAGCAGGACUUCCAGGAGCUCAUCAAGACGGAGCACGCACUGCUGGAGGGCUUCAGCAUCCGGGAAAGCACCAGCUACAUAGAAGAGCACAUAGACCGGCAGGUGUCGCCCGUGGAGAGCCUCCGCCUCAUGUGCCUCUUGUCCAUCACUGAGAACGGUUUGAUCCCCAAGGACUACCGGUCUCUGAAAACGCAGUACCUGCAGAGCUACGGCCCUGAGCACCUGCUGACCUUCUCCAAUCUGCGGCGAGCUGGGCUCCUGACAGAGCAGGCCCCGGGGGACACCCUCACGGCCAUGGAGAGUAAAGUGAGCAAGCUGGUGACGGACAAGGCGGCAGGAAAGAUCACUGACGCCUUCAGCUCUCUGGCCAAAAGGAGCAAUUUCCGUGCCAUUAGCAAGAAGCUGAACUUGAUCCCCCGUGUGGACGGCGAGUACGACCUCAGGGUGCCGCGGGACAUGGCCUACGUCUUCAGCGGCGCUUACGUGCCCCUCAGCUGCCGCGUCGUGGAGCAGGUCCUGGAGCGGCGGGGCUGGCAGGGCCUGGACGAGGUGGUGCGGCUGCUCAACUGCAGCGAGCUGGUGUUCACAGACCUUGUGACCAAGGAUGACAAGGCUUCCAGUGAGUCGCUGCGCCUCAUCUUGGUGGUGUUCCUGGGGGGCUGCACCUUCUCAGAGGUCUCGGCCCUCCGCUUCCUGGGCCGAGAGAAAGGGUACAAGUUCAUUUUCCUGACGACAGCUGUCACCAACAGCGCUCGCCUGAUGGAGGCGAUGAGUGAGGUGAAGGCCUGAUGCCCGGCUGGCGCUGGAGACCUCCUGGAAGUGUCCCCCAGGGACACAGGAGCUCGGCUCCCAGCUGCUAGCAGGCCAACCCGCUCCGAGUGGGGAGCACAGAACUCCUGGGAUUUGGAGAACAGAUCUGAGGAGACCCCCUCACUGCCUCAGACAUCUUUUAACCUAGGAGCGUGGCCUGUGCCCACGGGGUCCGCUGCACCCUGUCUGCACGGCAUUCAAUAAAGCCUCCCUCGGUGUUGGAUGUUUCCCUGUGGA